AUGAGCCCCGUCCGCGCAGAGAGCCGACAGAUCCUCGAAAGUCCUAGGCGCCAACUGCGCAAUGUCUGCAAAACACCAUAUCGUGUUCUUGAUGCACCCGAACUUGCAGACGAUUUCUACCUCAACUUGGUAGAUUGGUCUAGUACAAACGUACUCGGGGUCGGAUUGGGUUCAUCUGUCUAUCUCUGGACAGCACAUACAGCGGCGGUGUCGAAGCUGUGCGAUCUGACGAGUACGCAUGACACAGUGAGCUCAGUGUCAUGGGUCCAGAAAGGCUCGACAUUUGCUGUGGGGACAUUGGCAGGGCGGCUGCACAUCUACGAUGCGAACACACUUCAGCUCCAGCGAACAUAUCAGCAAGCGCAUACUCAGCGCAUUGGGGCGCUAGGAUGGAACUCGCACGUGCUAUCGUCAGGCUCUCGAGAUCGGAUGGUGCACCAUCGUGAUGUGCGCGAGGCGACGCAGAAACCAUUCAAGAGGAGCGCAGGACAUCGGCAGGAGGUCUGCGGCCUGCGUUGGAAUGGAGACGGAGGACUGCAGUCAGGGAUCCUUGCAAGCGGUGGUAACGAUAACAAGGUUUGUAUCUGGGAUUUGAGGGGCUCUCGACGCCCGGGGCUUCCGGGAAGGGGGAGCGGAAAUACAAGCGGGAGUGCAAGCGAAGAGGGCGGUAUCGGGGACACUCCGUUGUGGAAGUUCCACGAGCACACCGCUGCUGUCAAGGCACUCGCUUGGGACCCUCACGUCGCCGGCGUAUUAGCCACUGGCGGAGGGACACAGGACAAGCAUAUCCGGUUCUGGAAUGUGCUGUAUGGGAACAAAUUGAACGAGCUAGACACGGGUAGUCAAGUUUGUAACUUGACAUGGUCUCUCACCUCGCAUGAGCUGGUCUCUACACACGGUUUCUCGUCAACGACAGCACAAAAUCAGAUUUGUAUAUGGAAGUAUCCAUCGCUGGAUAUGGUUGCGUCGCUAACGGGUCACUCAAGCCGCGUGCUAUAUCUCGCCAUGAGUCCUGAUGGUGAGACCAUUGUCACUGGUGCAGGCGACGAAACCCUACGAUUCUGGAACGCUUUUCCUAAGCGAGAGAACACGGAGGCAAAGAAAGAGAGUCGACUUGACUAUGGCCGGCUCAUUCGAUAACCGCUCAUCGCGCUCGCGUUAUUUUCCGCUUUUCAGCAUGUCGUCACCAUCCAGCUCUUCCCUACGAGUAGACUCACCAUGGACCUGCUGAUUACAUUGUUUUGUUCUUUCCCACUAACGGAUCAUCACGCUUCGCCCAAAAUCAUGUAUCAUUCCUCCCGCCACCUUUUCUCAUCAUCCCCCCUUUUCCUCCACCUGUCACGCACAUUCAUGCCUCUAAUACAUAUAUGCACACAUACAUACACUACAUGACACCAGCACUGUACGAUUCCAUCAUCUUCUUUGACCUCGAUUUGUUCGUUUGCUAUGGAUUCUUACGUUCUAUGAUAGUUGUUGUUCUUUUUGUUUCCUGUC